AUGGCUGACAAUUUGAUCAUGCCAUCAUGCAAUGUACCGUUCCUACCAGAGGUCAAUUACCCGCCCACAGGAGGUGACAUCGCCGCACGCUUCUGCACAACCAUCGGCCAGGGUCAAGAAGCAAUUUCGUGCUGCCUACCUUGCCCAACGACCUACUGGCUCUUCUCGGACCACUUCCAAGCGCGAGUCAACCUAGCGAGCUACAUAUCGAUCAUCUCGCUGGUCUGCAACGUCUUCUUACUCCUCACCUUUCUCAUCCUUCCGCGGGAGAAGAGCCAUCGGCAUUACUUGAGCAUCGGCCUCACAUCGUCGUUCAUACUCAUCGCCAUCGCGUUCGUCAUACCGCUUGGGACGAAGCCGGAUCUCUGCUACGAUGCUAUCACACCUCAUAAUGAGACGACACAAGCGUCGUGUGCAGCGACUGGAGUCUUUGUUGAGCUGGGAGCCAUGGGGGCUGUAGUCUGGAUCCUCCUCCGCGCCAUCUGGACGGCCCUCCGCAUAACAGUCAACCUCAAACACGUCAACGUCUUCAAAAACAUCUCCAUCGGCCUCGGCGUCGGCCUGCCCAUCCUCUUCAUGGCCAUCUCCAUGCCCAUCACCUCCGUCUCCUACAGUCUCGGCAACGUCUGCGUCCCCAGCAACCCCACCGCUUUGCAGACUUGGUUCGUCUGGGUUCUCGUCUUCACCGUCGCCAGCUACGUGACGAUGGUUGGCACGAUCGGUUACUGUAUUUGGAAAUUCGCACGUUUCCUCACCGCUGGCAAGCCGGACACCAGCACCCGUAAUAGCGCGACGGAGAGUGUCUCGUCCUCAGACGCCGGGCAAGAGGACCACGAUGUCCCCACUACCCGAGGAUCAACGAAGCAUUUGACACCGAAGAAGCAGAAGUACGUCGCUUGGCAAAGGCUCCGCGGCAUCUUGCGGCUGCAGUGGCGAAGCAUGCUGAUGGCCUUUCUCAUCAUGAACCUGACGGUGUACUUUGGCAUGUUCUUCGUCGAGCAGACUGGGAAAAGCACGCUGCAGUAUCUAAAGGCCGCUCCACCCCUUCCUCCGGACAGCCCGAACUUCAGGUGGAUUGUGUGUUUGAUGGCCAAUGGAGGGGAUAAGAAUCAGUGCUUGCAUGGCGCGAGUGGGUUUGGGGUUGGUGAGGCGAGGACUACGGCGACGUUGAUACUUGCUUCGUUCAUCGGCAUCAUGUGUUUCCUACUCAUGGUACGAUCUUCGAUGUUCACGGGUUGGUGGCAGAUGAUACGCAACCCGCGAAGCUUUUUCCGGCGGCCGAGUUUGGAUGAUGAGGAUCUGGCAGCCAUGAGAGGCACGCGGGCAGAGUCGAUGCCAGAGUCGCACAGUGAGAAGUCUGUAGAGGCGGACGAGGCGGAAGGGGCGGAGCAGGACGAGAGGAGGCGGACGACGCAUACGCUCGAGUAA